AAAUAAAAGAACCAAAAUCCACACUCUUUUAUUCCAAAUCCUAUCUGUUUUCUUCUUUUAGUAUUUCCAGUUGGAUAAUUUUCUUGGAAAACCAUGUUUCUUUCUUUUUAUGUUCUUUAUCAAUAUAUAUAGAUCGUAGUAUACUGUUAUUUAUUAUUAAUAGAUUUUUUUACACUUGAUAAAAAUCUCAGCUUCAUACAUAAAUUCGAAGCCAUUUUUGUAUUCAACAUCAGCAGCAUGUGCGCAAGAAACUCUAUCUACACUAACCCCAAACCCUGCAAACACCUAGCUGAUUACAAGCUCAGGCAUGGCUUCAAUACUUAUGAUUCCAUCCGAAAUUGCCUCAAGACCACCCCUAAUAGAAGAACUAGAGUUGCUAAACACACCACUAAAAUACCCAGAUGCAGUUUCUGUGAUAGAUAUCAAGGAAGACUUUACUUUUGUUUGAUGUGCUCUUCACUAUGGUGUCCAACCCACAUUCUUUUACAUACCCAAUCUGAGAAAGGCCAUGAGGUAGCUAUUGACAUGGACAGAUCAGAGCUUUAUUGUUGUUUGUGUUGUGAUCAGGUCUACGAUCCUGAUUUUGACAAAAUUGUAUUGUGUAACCAAGUCAAGGACUUGCCUGGAGGUAGUAAAAGUAAAACCAAUCGUUUUGAGGCAAGUGGUGAGAGAUCAAGCAAGAGAAAGAGAUUAGAUUCUGGGAUAGGAUUAGAUUUGAAGAAAUCAAAACUGUUGGUUUCAAUGAGAGAUCGGAGAGCAAAAUCAUGUUAUCCAUUGGGAUUGAGGGGAUUGAACAAUCUGGGGAGUACUUGUUUUAUGAACUCUGUGUUGCAGGCUUUGCUUCAUGCUCCUCCUUUGAGGAAUUACUUUCUGAAUGAUCGACACAACAGUGUUCAAUGCAGGAAAAGAUCUGGUGAAAAGCUCUGCUUGCUUUGUGACAUUGAUGCUAUUUCUUCAGCUAUGUUUUCCGGUGAUCGAACGCCUUAUACUCCUGCUCACUUUCUUUAUAGCUGGUGGCAGCAUUCAUCGAAUCUAGCUAGUUAUGAGGAGCAGGAUGCUCAUGAGUUCUUCAUUUCAGUUUUAGAUGGGAUUCAUGAGAAGGAAAGCAAAAUACGAAACUCCGGCAAAGAUGAUGGAAACUGCCAAUGUAUUGCUCAUAGGGCAUUCUCUGGGUUGUUGAGAUCUGAUGUGACAUGUAUCUCCUGCGGAUUUACUUCCACAACUUACGAUCCUUGUGUUGAUAUUUCACUCAACAUGGACACGAGUAAUUUGUCUUCAUCCAAUGCUAACAAACCCAUUAAACCCGAUGAGAAGACAAGUGCGUCUACUCUUUCGGGUUGUCUGAAUUUGUUUACAAGAGCUGAGAGGUUAGGUUCUGAUCAAAAACUUCAUUGUCAAAAUUGUCAAGAACUACGUGACUCGUCAAAGCAACUGUCUAUUAGAAGACUCCCAUUGGUGCUGUGUUUACAUAUAAAGAGAGUCGAGCACUCUUUAGUCAGAAAAAUAUCGAGGAAAAUCAAUCAGUAUAUGCAGUUCCCUUUCUCAUUGGACAUGACUCCAUAUUUGUCAUCCUCCAUUGUUAGAAGCAAGUUCGGGAAUAGAAUAUUCACUUUCGAAUAUGACAACUCCAAUAGUUCUGCAGCAUAUGAGAUUUUUGCUGUGAUUGCUCAUUCGGGGAUGCUGGAGUCAGGACACUACGUGACUUAUCUGCGACUAAAGAACCAGUGGUACAAAUGCGAUGAUGCUUGGAUAUCUGAGGUUGAUGAAGGAAUAGUGAGAGCUUCACAGUGUUAUAUGUUGUUCUACGUACAGAAGCUGCUUUACAAUAAAGCGAACGAGGAUUCAAGUUUCGUGCGUAUUUCCCCGAGUAGAGAUCCAUUUGAAUCUACUGCCGGUUGUUCCUAGUGCAACAAACUCAUUCAAGCAAGGCCAGCUAAAGAUAAUUCAAGCAACAAUUUUCUUGGAUGAAACAUUCUUCUGGUAUCAAACCAGUCUGAGGUACAAAUAUCAGAAACCUGAUCAUCAGAUACAAAUAUUUAUAUAUCCAAAUAGCAAAUUCUAUGGCUACCAGGUAUUCCUAGCAGUUAUUGGCCAAAAGGGGAAGUAAAAAAUCAAACCAAUUUUCAAGUUGGGAUCCCCAAAACCUCUACAAGAUCCAAGCUCUGAAUUUUUUUGACUGCAGUGCAGGCAGUCGUGUAAAGAAUAAACAGUUAACAUCAUUGUAUUGUAUGCUCCAUGUGUGCUACAAAAUUACUGAAAGGGUCAUUUUUUUUUAAUGGUUUGUCCUUUUCUGUCA